AUGAACAAAAGAGGGAAAUAUAUUGUAUUUAAUUUGGAGACGAAAAUGAAGGUUCUACGUAGGAUUGAAGCUGGGCAAUCUCUUUCAAGUGUGAGGGAUGAAUUUGAUAUCAGUAAAUCAACAUUUUAUGGCAUUAAGAUCAAAAAAAUGACUUUGAAUCUUGUGCUGAAACAGGAUAUCUAUGCUGAAAAGAGAAAGGGGCCAACAAGAGCCCAAUAUGGUAACGUGGAUGAUGCAGUUUGCAUGUGCGAAGAACAGAAGCACUCCUCUGCUAACAGUGUGGCGCUUCAGGCUGCAGAAAGAGUUACACGGUGAAUAGACUUUAAGGCCAGUAAUGGUUGAGUUUUUAGAUUUUGAAAUAGUCAUUCAAUUGGGAAGCCAAAAGCAUGUGAGGAACAUGUCCGAGGUUCAGUUUCAGAACACUUUGAGCUGUUUUGACAAAAGCUAUAGAUAAUUAAAGAGGGAAAACAACAUUUAGCAAAGCUAUAGAGUUGGGAUGAGAUUGACCUUUAUUGGAAGUCAAUGCCAGAGUUAAAAGAUGCCUGCCUACCAAGGAGGAAAAGAAGCAAAGAACAAUUGUCUGCCCUUAUAUGUGCUAAUGCAGAUGGGACUCACAAAUUAAAAUCAGUCAUUAUUGGAAAAGCAAAGAUGUCCAAAAGAGUGAAAGAGGACACAAGUACAUUAUAUAUUAUAUAUAAACCUAAUAAGGGUGUUUACUUCACAGGUGAAUUAUUUUCAAAAUGGUUCUUUCACAAUUUUGUUCCUGACAUCAAGCAUUUUUUAACUUCAUGAAAACAACUCAGUGAAGUGUUAACUCUGGACAGUUCUCCAGUUCACCCUUCUGCUGAACCAUUAGCCAAUGAGGAUGGUCAAACAAAAUACAAGUUCUUUACCUGGAAUACUUCAAUCUUGAUUCAAGCAAUGAAUCAAGAUAUAAUCUUGAGCUGCAAACAACUUCAUAGAUGGAAACAACUUGAAGAGUCUUGUAAUUGAGAGAAAGUGAGAGUGAAAAGGUAAAAAGAUAAAAAGACAGUUUCCAAGAUUAAAAUCUACAAUGUGAAAAGUGCAAUUUUUAACUGGACAAAAAGUUGGGAAGAAGUAACUAACAAUAGCAAAUGCAUAGGAAUAUUUUCUAUAUUACAAAAUAAAUACAAAAAGGAGCCUGUCUGUCACUUUCAAGGAUUAGAAGAUAGGUAUUAUAGAGAAAUUCUUGAGAAAGGAGCUGAGUUAGAAACCAAGUUGGGUAAUGACAGGAUAUGGUUAAAUUGAAGUGAUAAAGAAAAAAGUUUGCUCCUCACCUCCCCCAAAAAGACAAAAGGUGAGACCAACAAAUAAAUCUGUCCCAAGUGGGGAGCUAAAAAAGAGACUGCUGAAUUUAAAUUACCUAUUGUAAAAGACAGUUUGGAUUAACUUCUUAACUUUGUUGAUGCCAUACCUGAGUUUCAAAGAUUCCAUUUCACACUAAAAGAGAUGCAACAAAAUACAGCAAAGAAAGAGUUCAAGAAUAAAGUAUAUUCAAAAAUUGACAUAUUUUUAAUAAAUAUGCUUCAUUAUAUUAAGGAUAUUUCCAAUAUGCCUUCAGUUUCUAGUUCUGCUAGCCUGGUUAUUUCUCGAGCCGAGAUAAUUCAACAGUUGGCACCAAAUCGUGGGGCUCGAGUCUCCAGCAGCUCCAGCCAGCUGCCAUGA